GCGCGGUGAUGUCACCGGGGGGGCGUUUAUGGCGGGCUAUAACAGCGGCCCGGCCCGCUGAGGGUGAGGGGAGGUGGUUCGGGCCCGGCUCGUUCCCGUCGCUGCCGUGCUCGGGAGCUGCCCCGCGGGCGGGCGCGGGGCCAGGAUGAGCUCCCCCGGCGCGGAGGGCUCGGGCAAGCCCCCGCAGUACCGCGUGGACCACCUGCUGAGCGCCGUGGAGAGCGAGCUGCAGGCGGGCAGCGAGAAGGGGGACCCCACGGAGAGGGAGCUGCGCGUCGCGCUGGAGGACAGCGACCUGUGGCUGCGCUUCAAGGAGCUCACCAACGAGAUGAUCGUCACCAAGAACGGCAGGAGGAUGUUCCCGGUGCUGAAGGUGAGCGUGUCGGGGCUGGACCCCAACGCCAUGUACUCCUUCCUGCUGGACUUCGUGGCGGCCGACGGCCACCGCUGGAAGUACGUGAACGGGGAGUGGGUGCCGGGCGGGAAGCCGGAGCCGCAGGCGCCCAGCUGCGUCUACAUCCACCCCGACUCGCCCAACUUCGGCGCCCACUGGAUGAAGGCGCCCGUCUCCUUCAGCAAAGUCAAACUCACCAACAAGCUCAACGGCGGCGGGCAGAUCAUGUUGAACUCCCUGCACAAGUAUGAGCCACGGAUUCACAUAGUGCGAGUGGGUGGCCCGCAGCGGAUGAUCACCAGCCAUUCCUUCCCAGAAACCCAGUUUAUAGCUGUGACAGCCUACCAGAAUGAAGAGAUCACAGCUUUAAAAAUUAAAUACAAUCCGUUUGCAAAGGCAUUUCUUGAUGCAAAAGAAAGAAGUGAUCACAAAGACAUGAUGGAGGAAGUGGGGGACAACCAGCAGUCUGGGUAUUCACAGUUAGGUAGCUGGCUUAUUCCUGGAAGUGGAACUCUGUGUCCACCUGCCAAUCCUCACGCGCAGUUUGGAGCCCCGCUGUCGCUGUCCCCUGCGCACAGCUGUGAGAGGUACUCAUCGCUGAGGAACCACCGGCCUGCGCCCUACGCCAACCCCUACACACACAGGAACAAUUCGCCAACAGCCUAUGCUGACAACUCCUCUGCCUGCCUAUCCAUGCUGCAGUCCCAUGACAACUGGUCUUCUCUAGGAGUUACUACGCACACAGCAAUGCUGCCCAUGAGUCACAGCACUGGCACAGCUGCCAGCUCCAGUCAGUACCCCAACUUGUGGUCUGUGAGUAACAGCACCAUCACGCCGGUGUCCCAGCCGAGCGGGAUGUCCAAUGGCCUGAGCUCCCAGUUCCUGCGUGGCUCCCCAGCUCACUACUCCACUCUGCCCCACCCGGUCACGGCCGCCUCCUCCGCCUCGCCCCUGUACGACGGUGCGGCGCCCACGGACCUGCCCGACAGCCAGUACGACACCUCUGCACAUGCCAGGCUGGCAUCCACGUGGACACCUGUCACCCCCCCUUCCAUGUAAACCCAGGCCUCUUCCUCUAAGACACUUAUAGCUACUGAAUUACUUUAGAUGCUUAAUCCUCAAGGAAGAGAAAGAGGAGACGAAGGAAAUGGUGAACAAAAAGCAUCUGCACUGCUCUGCAUAGAGCAUCCGCAUUAUACCUCUUAGAGUGAACGGUGCAUCACUGACUUCAUGUAGAGUUUACAAACCUGGUGAGUGUGCAAUUCUGAGAGCAGAUUCACUGCUUUUAAUAUUUUUUUCUUUUUUGAAGUUUGAUAGACCUAAGUUUGAAGAUUUUUACUUGGAUUCCAAGUUUCUCAGUGUUCUGAUACAUUUGGACCGGAAAUUUGGCAUUGUUCUUGAGUAAGUUACUCCUAACUGUUUUUCAGUUAAUUUUUUCAAACUGCAAAUUUAGCUAUAGUCAUGAGAAGACUUUUAUUAACCAUCUAGUUAGAGGCAUUCUGAAAUAUGCACAAAUGUAGCUGGGGAGUGAAGUUUUUGGAAAAUCAUGUGCACUAACACGUAUUUGCUUCACAAAUACGUUGUGUUCUUAACUGUACGCUUAUUUCCUUGCUGCUGAAUUAAUGUUGAGACAAUCUUGAAGAACUAUAUUCUUCCCAAUAAAACCAGUAUUAAUGUUUGGUCUAAAAAGUUUUACCCAAAAGACUCUUUUAGAGGUAAGUUUUGCUGUUUGAUCAUAUGGGUUUCAAAUACCCAUCAGCUUAGCUAAAUGUAUCAUUUUCAAACAGACAGUGUCUAAUUAGGAGCCUUAUCCAAAACCUUUUUGAGCCAUUGAAAAUACAUCACUUGGUGUUUUGUUUUGGUGUGGUUUUUUUUUUUUUUUUUUUGAAUCUUUGGUUCAGGCCUUAAGAGAAGGAAUUCAACACCUGGGGAAUCAUUCUAAUUUAUUUUAUUUCAAUCUUGUACUCUGAUCUAUAUUUAUUAUUUGGUAAGUUACAACUUUAUCUUUUAUUUGGUAAGUUACAACUUUAUCUUUUAUUUGGUAAGUUACAACUUUAUCUUUAACUAACAUGUAGAAGAUGUGUAAAUAAUACCUCAACCUACAGUGAACUUUAAGACAAUCAUUUGUGGGAUAUGUCACACAAUGGCACAUUGAACAGCAUGGAUGUAAGUAGUUAACUUGCUGGAAGAGCGAAAUCUGUAGCUGUCAAGGAUUUUGCACAAAAGUGCAGCUAUACUAAGACUUAAAAUACACUGACUGCUUGACUUGCUGGAAGGAACAGGUCUUUAUAAAAUAGUUCCUUCAUUAAUGAUAUGAAGUAAUGUGAUCCAAAUUCCUAAUGCAGGCAAACCCAAAACCUUGGCUGAAAGUAUGCCCUUAGACUCAUCUCUUUCUCCCACUGACUCUGGCAACUAAAUAUCCUGAGGAAAGUGAGUUCUUUUGCAUAAGCCAUAUAAAUAACUUUUAUAAUGAAGUGCCUAAUAUAGCAAAGCAAAAUUCUGUAUCAGGGAAUUCCUUAAAUAACUCACUGAUGUGUGCUUAUGUGCUAUGGUGGCAGCUAUAAGAUAAAAAAGCAAAUAUUUGCCACUGUUUUGGUCUGUUUGGUACCCUUUGGGCAGGUCCCUGUACUUAGAAAGGCUUUGGCAGGGUGUUUUCCCUGCAGAAGGGUCUGUGUGUGACUGCAGGAAGCAGUCUCCCAGAGGUACUCCAGCAGGAGACAGCACCAGAAAUGGGAUGGCUGCACAGCCACAUCCUCUGUCAAUAUGUAAAUAUUGAUCUAAGUGCUCCUAUUUUAUUGUGAAGGUAAAUUGUGUAAAUGAUGUAAGUGCAUUAUUAUUUAGACUAUUUUGUAGAAAUUAGCAGCCUAUUUCAUUGUUACAUUUUAUACUUGUAUUUCGGACGUAUAAUUUAAGUUAAAAAAAAGAAGUAAAGAUUCUUAA